AUGACCGACGGCCUCAAGGCGCGCUUCUUCCGGCACUACCUGGCCAUGACGGCCGCGUACCCCUCGACUGACCAACAGAGCUGGUCGAGCUGGAUUACGGACCUCGCCGUGACGGACAGUACUCUCAUGGACGCUGUGCUUGGCUUUGCGGCGUUUCACCUCCGACGGUCCGCGGCGUUGGAUGAUAUCAGUGGCAGCAGCAGUUGUAUUAACCCCUAUGCGGUAGCCGUGUCGGAGGCCUCGCACGCGUAUAUGGCGAGGGCUAUCGAGGCGCAUUCGAGACAGAUUGUGCGCGAGGGGAUCAACGCGCAGAAUGCCCCUGUCGUGAUGGCGACGUGUACGAUUAUUAUGUUCCACACCAGCGCGAAUCAGUCGUUUCUCGACAGCAGCGGUCCGGAGGCGGGUUUUCGGGUCCCGCAUCACUGGUUCACGCCCUUUCGAAACGUCAACGCGCUGUUAAAGGUCGCUCUGCCCGGGAUCCGGAAUAGUAGGAUAGGCCACCUCUACAAACCAGAGCGGCAGACCUCAUCGCAGCGAAACGAGACGUCGGGGCCAGCAAGGUCAGGAAUGUUCGACUUUCUGCUGGAAGGCCUCGACGGAGAUGAUACGGAGCCGGAGACGUUGGAAGCGUAUCGUAUCGCCGUCGACAGCCUCGAUAAGAUCCAGGGGUCAGCUCUGCAGCGUGAUCUGCUGCGGUUCCCCGCGCAUGUCCCGCCGCGGCUCGUUGAGUUGCUGGAGAUGCAGGAUCCGAGGGCGUUGGCUAUCGUGGGUUACUUCUUCAUGCUGUUGAGGAGGGCGACGCAUCUGUGGUGGGCGCAGGGGGCGGCGGAGAAGGAAUUUGAUGGGGUGAUGAGCGUUUUGCCGGGGGAGUGGCGGCCAAAGAUGGCGUGGGCUAUUGAGGAGUUUGAUUGGACUGAGAGUUGA